CGUCUUGUAUUUGUUUUAAGCUAAAGUUUAUUAGCGUUUACAUUGUUUUAUCCGGCAAUGAAUUUCGCUAAAAUACGUUGGUAACCAGCUUGGCCAGCGUAGAUAAAUUGACGUUAACGCAUCAUGCGUGACAGCCAAGCGCCAGAGGCUAACGUUUUUGAAUUUUACGAUGCAAAACAAACUCAAACGGAGCAAGAAAUGCGCAAAUGCCUCGUUUCCCAGCAAAGAGCACCUACAAACCACUGAGGUGACGAAGUGUGUGUUAUCAAAGAGCUGCUCCAGCGAGGAAACACCAACAGAAAGAGAUUCAGCCUCGCUGGAAGCAGAAGACACACUCCCGACCAGAGAAGUUAAAUCACUUCAGCAGCAGAGGAAGACCUUUUGUGCAAAAGACGUCAAAAUCGCACCAAUUUUCUUAAGCACAAAACAGCACGGCAAGAGUAAAAAGAGCAGUGAUGAAAGGCUGCAUCAGCCCGUGAAGAGGCUGCAGGAAUCAGUGCUCCGUCCGCAGACUGAAGAUGUGCAACUGGUGAGAAGUCAGCAGCGUUUAUCAACAGUUUCUCACCUGACAGACAGAAAUAAAUCCUGCAGAGGACAGCUGUCAUCCUCAGCUCUGCACAGCUGUCUGGAAGAAAUCCAAACAUCCAACCCAGCAUUUCCAGUCCAAUCAGUGUUCAACACUUUGCAGAAGAAAGCAAAUGAAAGGCUGCAGGAUUUUGGAUCCACGGCAGAAGAUCUAAGCUCCCCAAAGAUCCACUUAAAGGAGAAGAGGAAACGUGGAAAUGAGAGCUCUGAGAGGGUGCCCAAACGUCUGAGGCCCAGCAUAUCUGCAGAAAGUACCAUUGGUAUGGGUCACUGUCGUGCAACAGCACAGGGUGUCCAAGAAAGCACUGUCCUGAUGGCCGAGGUGCAGUGCAGAAGCAAUAAACUAAGUCGUACUCACAGACUGAGGCAGCAGAGUGGGAGUCCAGCAGGCCUGGCGAGCAACUGUGAGCCGAAUCCUGGAUUGAUUAAUCAAACAGAAUCUUACAUCCAGUCACCAAAAACACCUGACCUCCUCCAAAGAGAUUCCAGUUUGGAGGACACUCUCUGGACAGACAAAUACAGUCCUCUACACUCAAGUGAAGUCAUUGGGAACUCUGCCUCUGUGAAUAAACUGCAAUGUUGGUUGAAGAAAUGGAAAGUGAGAGCUGACUGUGAGGAAAGGAGGAAAAUGGCAGAGAGGAAACAAGAAGAAAACAGCAGUGGCUCGUGGGACUGUGGAGACUUCCAAGGAGAGGCUGGUGCCAAGGGCGACACAGAGGAGCCGCUGUGUAACACCGUGCUGAUCACAGGACCUCCAGGUGUGGGCAAGACCGCUGCGGUGUAUGCCUGUGCUCAGGAGCUGGGCUUCAAGGUGUUUGAGGUGAACUGCUCCUCACAGCGCAGUGGCCGCCAUGUUCUGUCCCAGCUGAAGGAAGCUACCCAGUCCCACCUAGUGGAGAUUUCGGGGAAGGAUCCACUGAAACCGACUUACUUCAACAACUACAACAUCAACAGCUGCACUCCGAAAUCUGAGACUUUACCUGGAAGAACAGUGCGUCCCAAAAUUGUUACCUCUAUCUCAAAAAAAAGAGAAGCACAGAAAUCCAGUCGUAAAGGAAAAGUGAAUCCAGCCACGGUCACGUUGGCCAGCUUCUUUCAGAUGAAGGCCACAGCAGAUCACUUACACUUUGGCGGCCCGUCUCUGUCGCCAUCUGAACAACCAAUCAGCAAGAAAUCGGGCAACCCAUCACCAGGCUCUGAUCAAACAGUGUCACAGAACAAAAAGACAGCCACAUCACUCAUUCUGUUUGAAGAGGUUGAUGUCAUAUUUGAUGAUGAUGUUGGUUUCCUCGCAGCCAUCAAGACUUUCAUGUCGACCACCAAGAGGCCGGUCGUUCUGACCACCAAUGAUCCCUCGUUCAAAGAGAGAUUCAACUGCAGCUUGGAGGAAAUCGUUUUUAAAACCCCGUCAGCAGCGAACAUCUGUAGCUACCUGCAGCUGGUGGGAUUGGCUGAGAGCAGGCCGCUGGAGUUGGAUGAUGUUUUAAGCCUCAUCACGCUGUCCAGAGGUGACAUCAGACGCUGCCUGCUGCAGCUGCAGCUGUGGGUGCACAGCAGCGGAGGACGAGCAUCUAAGGAGCUUACUGGUGUACAGCGCUUGAGUGGUACUGAAAAAGGAGAUAAUGUAGAUUCCCAGCUCCCUCGUCGUGACCCAGGCUGCUCUGCCAGCAUGCUGAGUCACCACCCUGUGACUCUCAACCAACUGCAGAAUCUGCUAAAGGCAAGUAUAGAUAUCCUUAACUAG